CCCACGGACUCGCUGCUUCUGCCGAGACUGAGCGUGAGGACGGAGUUAGGUUUCUUGCCAUUCCAACGCCAACUUCUCUUUCUCCCAGAUCUGCGCUUUCUGGGAUCUGUGUUUUGCUUUCUCUUUCUUCUAGAGCAGAGUGAUCUUGUCUACAAUAGUUCACAAUUAUUUUCUUUCUUCUCUCGUCUUCUUACGUCUUUUUUAUGCGAGGGACUUUUCCCCCCCGCUCGGAAUUUAGCUGCGAUCUAAUUCCGCAUUUCUCUCAGACCGAACAAGCAAAAGAACAAGCCAAUUCUUAACAACUAGGGCUUGAAUAUACUUGCUCGUCCUUGGACGAUACUAUAAUACUCGAAAAUUAUAAAGCUUUCGUCUGAUUUACAAAUAUGGCUGGUCAAUCGAAACCCGCGCUCUCCCCUUGGGGCAGUGCGGUUGCAGGCGCAACUGGCGCCGUACUCGCUAAUGCCAUUGUAUAUCCUCUUGAUUUGGUCAAGACGAAACUUCAAGUCCAAGUGAAAUCAGCCGCCGAUUCGAAAGACGGUCAAGCGAAUGAAGAGCAAUAUAAGUCGACGUUGGAUGCCAUCAAUAAGAUUAUGGAGCGAGAGGGAAUUGAGGGUCUAUAUUCCGGAAUCGCAGGAUCUUUACUUGGCGUUGCCUCUACCAACUUCGCCUAUUUCUACUGGUACAGCGUCGUGAGAACCCUCUACAUGGCAUCGAACAAAGUACCUAAACCCCCCGGCACCGCCAUCGAGCUUUCGCUUGGAGCUGUUGCGGGUGCUGUCGCUCAGAUCUUCACGAUCCCCGUCGCGGUCAUCACGACGAGACAACAGACUCAGCCCAAGGAGGACAAGAAGGGCUUGAUCGAAACGGGUAAAGAGGUUGUCAACAGCGAGGACGGCUGGUCUGGUCUGUGGAGAGGCCUUAAGGCUAGUCUUAUCCUGGUCGUCAACCCGGCCAUUACCUACGGCGCCUACCAGCGCCUGAAGGACGUCCUUUUUGCCGGAAAGAACAACCUGAAGCCCUGGGAGGCUUUCCUUCUCGGGGCUCUUUCUAAGGCUCUGGCUACCAUUGUCACGCAGCCGCUGAUUGUUGCCAAGGUCGGCCUGCAGUCGCGGCCACCUCCUGGUCGUGAGGGAAAGCCUUUCAAGACCUUUGGCGAGGUUAUGCGCUUUAUCAUUAAGAACGAAGGACCCCUGUCCCUGUUCAAGGGUAUCGGACCCCAGAUCCUGAAGGGACUCUUGGUGCAAGGUCUACUAAUGAUGACCAAGGAAAGGAUGGAACUCACAUUCGUUCUUCUCUUCGCUUACCUGCGGAAAAUCAAGCAGGAGAAACUCCAGAAGGCCGUCGAUAGCGCUGCAUCCAAGGCCAAGACCAGUCUCCCCGCGACCCUGAAAUAGGCGCUUUAACCUUCUUCUACCCUUUGCUCAACGACUGACUGCCCUUUCUUAUAUUGUUUUCUUUUGGACUUUGGGAUGCAUCUCUUUGGUUACUAUCUGGUUGUGAUUUACGGCGUGUGGGUUUGUAGAUUUAUGGUUUCUUGACACUCUAGAGUCAGCACUUUCCUGUAAAUUCCCGGCAAUUAUCGAGUAUAGGACUUGCCGUAAUUCUGAAGAAUAACAUCUAGAUAGACAUAUGAUACAACUCAUCGUACAUACACAGUAGUGAUUUGUUAUGGGCGCGCAGCCAACUAAAUGCGUGUAUUGUGCCAGAAAAAUCACUUUCGCAACGACAGAAUUCAGGUUUUUGUGUUGGACUACAAUUGAUCGCCAGCACUAUUGCAAAAAUAUACAUCCAUGUCCUUUUGUAAG